AUGGAUAGCAUGCGCGAGAAUGACACGGGCGAUAGGAAGAAUGACAUGAUUCUUCUUGAUAGCGCAGAAGGGGCGGGCAGCGUGGACGCGGGCGACGACACGCACACAGAGCAUCCACAUCCACCACAUCAACACCCACUCUACCACGACAGCUCGCAGUACCGCCACUGGCGAUUUAGCGAGACGGCGCUGCGGGAGCACCGGGAGAGCGCCAACGCCAAGGCUAUCGCACUAGCGCGUGCGGGUUGGGAGAAGGAGGAGGCGCUGAAUGCAGCUUCGCAAUCAAGCACAAGCGCAAGUGCAAGUACCGCAAAAACCACACCACCCUCGACAGACGAGGAAGAUAGGCUGAUCGUGUACUACCUCAGCCAGGUAAAACCUAUUUGCAACCUCUUCCAGUUUCCCGAGGUGGUCGAAGCAAGUGCCAUCACGUACAUUAAGCGCGUCUACCUGUUCAACAGCGUGAUGGAUCUACAUCCGAAGCGAGUAAUGCUAACAUGCCUCUUCAUCGCUACUAAAACAGUCAAUGCACCCGUAAGCGUCGCAGAUUUCGCCAAGCAUAUUGGUAAAGGCAAGAUAAGCACUUCGAGCAUCCUCGAUAUCGAAUUUCUCCUCUCGCAGAAUCUGCGGUUCGAGUAUGCCACACAUCCAGCACACCGCGCGGCGUGGGGGGUGUAUUUAGAUAUGCAAAGCAUGCAGACUACCCCGCAGCAGGAGCUGGAUGGGUUGUUUGGCGAGGUUAGACAGCUGGUUAGAAUGUCUAGGCUCACUUGCGCCGAGUUGGUUUACUCGCCUAGUCAAAUCGCAUUGGGAUGCUUCAUUAUGGCCAACAGGACACUAACAGACGCAUACAUAGAAUGGAAAAGAAACGCUUUCAACGCACAACCGCCACCACACACGGCAAUUGAAGGGGUUGUCCAUCUCAUCAACACGUACAAAAGCAGCAACACGCUCAAUAAGGAGAGCGUGCAGGAUAUCGACAGGAGGCUCAAGGCGUGGCAGGAUCCAAGCAAGGUGGAAGGUACGGCGAUGCACAGACUCAAGCAGGAAGAGGGGGACAAGGUGGAUUUGGACAAGCGCAAGAAGAGGCAGGCGGAGGCGGAGAGGAAUGACAAGGACGGUGAGAGUGUGUUUGGGGGGUUAUUAGGUGGGCAUAUCACACAUGGCACAUAG